ACCUCGGUUCAUAAUUUUGUUAUUUAUAAACAAAACUUUAAACGGAUUUUAAAAUUUAUGAACAUCUUUUCUGGAAGAGUUAAACUAGGAAAUGAAUUUGCAUUUGAAUUUCAAGUCGUUACAUUAAUAACACAGAUAACUGAUGGAGACCGGUUUUAAAAUAUUUUUUACUAUAAACGUAAAUUGUAAUUUCUUUAAUUUUUUUAUUGUCCUGAUUAUUUAUUUAUAUUUUUUAUUAUUUCAUAUUUUCCGAGUCAAAUCUGAGAAGGUUCCUGUUGUACGAAUGAACUGUAAUUUUGCAUACUUACGUAAUUUGCUUAAAUACUAUUUCUGUAUAGUUAAUUGCUCCCUAAUGGGGUUAAAUGGGGCGUAACAUUAUUUUUUUAGUGCAUGGGGACUGGUUUUAAUUUUUUUUACAUUAAAUGUAAUUGUAUUUUUUUAAUUUUUUUAUUGGUUUGUUUCAAGAUUUUAUUUUUAUUUUAAUUUUUUUAGCUUUUAUUUAACUUUUUUUAUUGUCUGUCUGUCUUUUCAUAUUUUCCGGGCCAUAAAAACCAAAGAGAGUUCCUGCAGUCUGAAUGAACUGAAAUUUUGCAUACUUACGUAAUUUGCUUAACUACUAUUUCUAUAUAGUUAAUUGCUCCCUAAUGAGGUUAAAUGGGGCGUAACAUUGUUUUUUUAGUGCAUGGCGACUUUUUACAUUAAAUGUAAAUUGUAUUUUUUUAUUUGUUUGUUUCAAGAUUGUAUAUUUAUUUUUAUUUUUUAAAGCUUUUAUUUAACUUGUUUUGUUGUCUGUCUGUCUAUUUCAUAUUUUCCGGGCCAAAAAAACCAAAGAGAGUUCCUGUUGACUGAAUGAACUGAAAUUUUUCAUACUUACGUAACUUGCGUAAAUACAAUUUCUAUAUAGUUAAUUACUUUCUUAAGGGGUUAAAUGGGGUGUAACAUUAUUUUUUUCGUACAUAUUUUAUAAAAACUCUCUUUUUACGUAUUUUAUUUAAGUUGGGGAAGGUAAAAUAUUUCUUCUUCCCACAGUAUUGCCAAUAUGGGACGGCAAGUAAUAAUUUUUAGUACAAAGUAGUUUUACACACUUUUAUUUUUAACUUUAUUAUAAACACGGAAAUCCAUAAAAAAUCUUUUGACAGGUCACAUCAAUCAUUACAAAGCAGUUUUUAAAUAGAUUUUUUAAACUAAAUAAACGAAUUCAGAAUUCGAAUUUUACCUAAUUUACACUCAGGAAGAAAGUAUGCACGUGUAACGGUUCAAAAACUUCAAAACCACGCAAAUUUUUUUUCCCUCGCGUGCUCCAAGAUUUGUUAAUCGCAAUUUCAGUAAUUUCAUAAACGAUUUCGUGAUGAAAUGUCCUUGUGAGGCGAUUUUUUGAAAUAAUUUGCUCAAAAUAAGUGGCGACAAAUCCGGAAAUCACAAUUACAAUUAUUCUUUCACCUUGAUAACCAGGAUAUUGGUUUAAAUUCUCGGCAAAAACGUCACAAAGAUAAAACUAGUUCGAAAAAUCGGUCUAAAGCUCAGAGAUCGAGUGAUUAAGUCGGCUUAAAACUUAAUAAAUAAACCCGUUCGGACAAAUUGAUUCACUGGACUGGUUCUUGAUAGAUUGUUCUUGCAGGAUUACUUUCAGUUCACUCACCGUUCAACCGUCGCAAUUUUGCCCAAUUUAAAAUCAGGUGAUCGAUUUCACUUCAGCCAAACAAAAAAAAAAAAUUCAAAACGUAAACAGCGCACAUCCUUCGCCGGAUUAACGUAAAUCCGAGAUUAGUAAUUUGUGGUGACAGCGUUCCAGUUUAGGACACCUUGUGAUAAUAUGAUUUCAAUAUCGUCAAUAAAUAAUCCAUCUAAAGGCUGGCCUUUAUCUAAUCAUCAGUGGUGUGGUAUUAAUAAAUUGGUGGUGUUCGUCUCCAAUAAAGUUAAUCUAAUGUCGGCGCUAAAUUAAUCGACUCUGGUGUUUGGUGACGAGUUUGUUGUGCCAUUCCGCCACCAUGGGGAGCAUGGCAGGACUCAAGCGAUGCCUCUCCCAGGUCUCGAUGAUGGCCCUCAAGGCCUCCACCUCCGGGGAAGAGGCCUGGCUGCACGCCUGGCACAGAUACAAGCAGAGUCGCUUCAACGCGCGUCGCAUCCGCAAACGCGUGGUGUUCAAGCAUGGCGACUGCAACGUGGUGCAGGCCAACGUGGCGAAGCGUCGCCGCAAGUACCUGCAGGACAUCUUCACGACUCUGGUGGACGCGCAAUGGCGUUGGACUUUGCUCGUGUUCGCGUUUAAUUUCUUAGGCUCGUGGUUGGUCUUUGCCGUGGUUUGGUGGCUGAUAGCCUACACCCAUGGAGACCUCCUCGAGGAGCAUCUUAACGGAACCGAGCCGUGGACGCCGUGCAUCACCAACAUUUACGGCUUCACUUCGUGCUUCCUUUUCAGCGUCGAGACGCAGCACACGAUCGGGUACGGCGGCCGGACCACCACCGAGGAGUGUCCGGAGGCCAUCUUCGUGAUGUGUCUGCAGAGCAUUGGCGGGGUGAUGAUUCAGGCGUUCAUGGUGGGGGUGGUUUUUGCGAAAUUGUCGAGGCCGAAAAAACGAACUCAAACGUUGCUUUUCUCGCGAAAUGCCGUCAUUUCGCACAGGGACGGGGUGCCGUGUUUGAUGUUUAGGGUGGGGGAUAUGAGGAAAAGCCACAUUAUUGAGGCGCACGUCAGGGCACAACUUAUCAAACAUAAAGUUACCAAAGAAGGGGAGAAUUUGCCGUUCUUCCAGACGGAGUUGAAGGUAUGGGUCGGCGGUGACGGCGAAGAAGACAAAAUCUUCUUCAUCUGGCCGACGAUGAUCGUCCACAAAAUCGACAAAAACUCCCCCUUGUACAACAUGUCGGCCACCGACCUCCUGCGGGAGCGCUUCGAGAUCGUCGUCAUCCUGGAGGGGGUGAUCGAGUCGACGGGGAUGACAACACAGGCCCGCUCCAGCUACCUCCCCUCCGAGAUCCUGUGGGGGCACCGCUUCCAGUCCUUGAUCAACUUCAAGAAGGACUCGGGGCAGUACGAGGUGGACUACGCCCUUUUCAACAACACUGUGGAGGUGGACACUCCCCUGUGCAGCGCCAAGCAGCUGGACGAGUACCGCCACAUGUCCAGCACCGAGUGUGUUGGCUUGCUCGCAGACCACCUGAGGACCGGGCUGUUCCCCUCCAUGCGCACGCACUCCAGCGACACCCUCUCCAGCAUGGACUCGCUGUCCACGGACGAGCACAUCGUGAUGAAGGUGCCGGAGCACAUCGCCAUGAAGGUGCCGAGCCCGAUUCCGGUGACAGUUACCGCCCCGGAGGAAGCCACCCCUUUGCGCAACGGGUCCGUCCCCAAGGCCACGUUACCAGUCCCAGUCUAGCCAGUAACUUAACUCACUGAUACGCUUAUUAGAAUAUCGCUGGUUCGAUAUUUGUGAACAAUUGGCAUUUUGUUGUGCUGCGACAACACGAAAUGCCAAUUCUUCAGUUGGUUUUAUUGUUUGAUCUCCCGUGUCGAAAUUUCCAGCUUGUAUUAUGUAUAAACGAUACGUAAACGGAUCUAGGAAAAUUGUAAGUUUUUGUUAGUUGAUAUUUGAUGUAGCGCCACCUUUCAUUAUGCUUUUAAUUUUUUAACUGAUGUACUCGUAGUAGUUGUCUUUUUUUUUUCAUUUUUAUACUUUGCUCAGUUUGUGUUCACGAGGAACUUUCUUUUUAUUCACUCAACUUUUCUAUUAUUUAUUUUUAUACAGAGUACUUAAUGUAGUUCGUAAUUUUCUGCUUAGAUUUUACGGUAGGAUUAAGGAUCAGUUGUAAAUAGUCUGUGCCAUACACUCCUCUAAGGAAUUUUUCUACAAAGUAAAGUCAAUAAAUCAUUGCAAAACCUGAA